AUGUUAAUUAGUGUCUACUAUCAUCUUGUUGUUGUUGUUAUUGUUGUUGUCGUCGUUCCGUUUCUAGGUGUCGUCUCACUGAACCAGGAAGGGCUCUACCUGCAAAGAGUUAAGCUCUCUCUUUCCGACCCCAACAGAGCACUCUUGGAUUGGGACUCGCGAGAUGACCAUCCGUGUAAUUGGUUUGGCAUAACUUGCGACAACAACACCACCACAGUCAACUCUAUACGUCUUCCCAGUGCCGGUCUUGCUGGCCCCUUCCCCUCCCUGCUUUGUCGUCGUCUCCCUCAUCUCUCUACACUAUCUCUGGCCAACAACUCUAUCAAUUCUAUUCUUCCACUCACCAUUUCUUCCUGCCGGAAUCUCCUUUAUCUCAAUCUAUCUCAAAACUUGUUUACCGGCCCCAUUCCCCACACUCUUCCCCACAUCCCCAACCUUAAAUAUCUCCAUCUCGACGGAAACUCUUUCUCCGGUCCUAUUCCCGCCACUUUCGGCACUUUCCCAACCCUCCAACUACUCAAUCUCACCAAUAAUUUGCUCAACGGAUCAAUUCCCUCCACCCUCGGCAACAUCACCACACUCAAACGCCUCGACCUCUCUUAUAACAUCUUUACCUCCGCCCCACUCCCGCCGCAACUAGGCAAUUUAACAAACUUGGAAUAUUUCUUGGCCAGUUAUUCCAGCAUUUCUGGACAUAUUCCACCUACUCUGGGCCGUCUCAAACGCCUCACCAACAUCGACUUGUCAAAUAAUCUUUUGACGGGACCUAUUCCUACCGACAUCUUUCAACUCACCAAUCUCGUCGAAUUGGAACUCUAUAACAAUUCGCUAGCCGGGGAGUUACCUCUCCUCGGAUGGUCCAACAUGAAGGCACUUCGCCGAAUAGACCUCUCCUCUAAUUGCUUUCGUGGAACGAUUCCCCAAGAAUUGUGCGCCUUGCCUUUACAGUCUCUUAACCUCUAUAAUUGCCAAUUCGUCGGUCACCUGCCCCGGACCAUAGCGCAUUCUCCAAACUUGUACGAGCUCAAACUGUUUCGCAAUAACCUUCACGGCCGCCUGCCUAGACAACUAGGAAGAAACUCCCCACUCAAUAUUCUCGACGUCUCGGAAAAUCACUUCUCAGGCCGACUCCCCCCCGGUUUAUGCGAGAAAGGCGUUUUAGAACAACUCUAUGCCAUAAACAACUCUUUCUCCGGUACCAUUCCAUCUUCUCUAGGAGCUUGUCAAACCCUAGCCCGAAUCAGGUUGGCUAGUAAUCAGUUUUCUGGUCAACUUCCAGCCGAGUUAUGGGGACUGCCUAACGUCAAUCUUCUUGAUGUGGGCGACAACUUAUUUUCGGGUAGCAUUUCUGAUAUGAUAUCUAGUGCAUUAAACCUGACAUAUUUUAAGGUCUCAAGUAAUCACUUCUCAGGGAGUAUACCCAGAGGAAUUGCUUCAUUAAACAAAUUGGUUGUGUUUGAGGCUAAUGAUAAUUCCUUUAGUGGGUCUAUUCCUGAUGAGAUUACAGAGUUAAGUAACCUAGUAAGGCUUGAUCUCAGGAAUAAUAAGCUUUCAGGGGAGAUUCAUGCGAGAAUUCAACAGCUGAAGCAACUUAACGAGCUUAUAUUGUCAAAUAAUUCUUUAUCUGGCAAAAUUCCCAAGGAAAUUGGAAGUUUGUCGGCGCUAGACUAUCUUGAUCUUUCAAGUAAUCGUUUUUGGGGAGAAAUCCCACUUGAAUUGCAAAACUUGCAGCUCAACAUACUCAAUCUGUCUUAUAAUGAUCUUUCUGGUGGCAUCCCUCCUCUAUAUACUAAUGAUGCUUUUAAAGACAGUUUUCUUGGAAACCCGGAUUUGUGUAUUCACCAAGGAAAGGCCUCCUCUAUAUACUUUUGGUUUCUUAUCAUAUUAGCAGCAGCUGCUGCUGCUGCGAUCCUUUCAUUUGGGAUUAUGUGCUUCUUCUGGAAGAUGUUGAAGUUGAGAAAAACUAGGAGGAGGAUAGAGACGUCAGUUGUGAAAUGGAGCUUAUAUCACAAAUUGGAUUUUUGCGAAAACGAAAUCCUUGAGUGGGUCAGAGAUGAUAAUAUAAUUGGAAGUGGUGGUUCUGGUAAGGUUUACAAGGCCACACUAAGAAAUGGGCACGUAGUUGCUGUGAAGAAACUGUUGGUAGAAUCAAAAAGUGAAGACUCCGUUGGAUUGAGCAUUGAAGAAGAGUUGCUGGGAAGAAGGAUUAGACACAAGAAUAUAGUAAAGAUGUGGUGUUCUUGCAAUGCAGGUGUGGGCGAAUACAAGCUUCUAGUAUUCGAGUACAUGAGAAAUGGGAGUGUGGGGGAUGUACUUUAUGGUAGGAAUAAGCAGAUUCUAGAUUGGGGUAUAAGGUACAAAAUAGCCUUGGAUGUUGCUGAGGGGCUUUCCUAUUUGCAUCACGAUUGUGUUCCUCCAAUUGUUCAUAGAGAUAUUAAGUCAAACAAUAUUUUGUUGGAUGAAGAAUUCAGAGCUAAAUUAGCUGAUUUUGGAGUAGCUAAGGCGGUUAAGAUGGAGCCAAAGUCUAUGUCCUUGAUUGCUGGCUCAUGUGGUUACAUUGCCCCAGAAUAUGCAUAUACACUCCGGGUGAAUGAAAAGAGUGAUACUUACAGUUUUGGGGUAGUAAUUCUAGAACUAGUGACUGGGAAAAGACCAAUUGAUCCAGAGCUGGGUGAGAAGGACCUAGGUACAUGGGUGCGGUCAACGUUGAACGAGAAGGGGCUUGAUUACGUGUUGGACCCUCCUCUGCUUGGAUGUUGUGCAUUGAAGGCACAAAUAUUUAGUGUGAUUGGUAUUGGGCUCCUUUGCACUAGUCAGAUUCCGAUGAAUCGGCCUUCUAUGAGAAGUGUAGUGAAUUUACUUCAAGAAGCAGGCAGGGGCCACCUGGAGACAGAAAGAUGGCAAACUUGAUCCUACACCCUAUUUUGGAUCAUGCAACUAGUAGUAUAAGGAUUAAUAAUAAUAAUAAUAAUGUUUGAACAAAUUCAAGUGC